UUAUAUUUUCAGGAAAUUUCUGAUAUUCCAUGGUGGAAAUCCAACUUUUUUAUAUCAGCACCUGUAUUAUUUGGUACGUGGGAUGGUGUAUUUACCUCAUGUUUGAUUAAUAUAUUGUCUGUGGUCAUCUUUUUACGUAUGGGAUGGAUUGUGGGUAAUGCUGGUAUAGGUUUAUCUAUUGUUACUGUGUUUCUAUCUGUAUCAGUGGUAUUAAUCGUAGCUCUUAGUGCUAUUGGAGUCUGUGAAAGAUGUCGAAUGGAAGGAGGAGGAGUCUAUUUUCUUAUUUCACACGUAUUAGGGGGGAGAAUUGGAGGCAGUAUUGGAAUAGUCUAUUGUUUUGCUCAGGCUGUAAGCUGUUCCCUGUCAGUGAUGGGUUUUGGGGAAUCAAUCAUGGAAUUAAUAGGUCAGACCAACCCCUGGAUAGCUCGUAGUAUUGCCUUUGGUGUAGUCAUACUACUCCUUGGUAUCAAUGUAGCAGGUGUAAAGUGGGUGGUACGACUCCAGUUAGUGUUAUUAUUAGUGUUAUUUUUAUCAGCUAUGGAUCUCAUUGUUGGAUCGUUUGUUCACACUGAUGUUGAAAAUGGUGUAACUGGGUAUACAGAGGUUAAUUUUGUGAAUAAUUCCGGACCGCAAUAUGCAGAAGGAGAGAAUUUUUUCAGUAUUUUUGGUCUGUUUUUCGCGACUGUAACUGGUAUUCUAGCUGGAAUCAACAUGAGCGGAGAUUUACAAGAUCCAUUCUAUAAUAUACCUCGCGGUACUCUCGCUUCUUUAGGUGUAGGAACGAUCCUAUAUAUAUCUUUUAUACUAGUCCUAGGGGCUACAUGUUUACGUUCUUAUCUUCUCGAUGAUUAUAUGAUAGCAGAAAAGGUAUCUAUAGUAGGAUUUCUAUGGUUGGCUGGUCUGUAUCUGUCAUCUGUAUCAUCUUGUAUGGGUAGUUUGUAUGGUCCACCACGUAUUUUACAAUCCAUUGCCAACGAAAAUGUUAUACCGUUUAUGAAAAUAUUAGGAAAAGGGCGUGGACCAAAUAAAGUUCCUGUAUAUGCGUUAAUAGUUAUAACGCUAGUUGUAUUAUUGUUUAUCUGUGUGGGACAAGUUAAUACUUUAGCUCCUGUUGUCACCACAGCGUUUAUGUUGACCUACGCCGCCAUAGAUUAUAGUUAUUUUGCUCUGGCCAUGAGCUACGAUAGACGAAAGACAAGAGAAGCCAAAUUUCAACAAAAUGGUCAUAUCAGAAAAUCUAGCACAGGAAGUGACAUCACUAAUGGCUCCGUUGAGAAUAUCCGGCACGAUCUGGAUAAAUUAUUUCCUGAGCGUAUGUCCCAGCGAGGACAACAUUCUCAUCUGAGACGGCAGGACAGUCGGAAUACUAUCAGUGGCGCCACCACGCCUGAAGCUGAUUUCGACGCCACGAAAAAGAAAUUAAAAAAAGCACCAAAUACAGAAAUUACUAAGCAACCCAGAUCUUGGUACUCAGCACUCUGUAAUAGAUGGUUAUCAUUAUUUGGGACUCUAGUAUGUUUAGUGUUACUGUUUAUGAUACAGUGGAUGUAUGCUCUAGGAGAAUUGACUGUUUUCUUUGCUAUUUAUUUUUAUAUUGGACAAGCUAGUCCUGGAUAUUUCCCUGGUAUUGCUGAGUUUAACUUCUAUGAGUGGAUUAAAGAAUGUCUACAGAGUUGUUGUAGAAGGGGUCCAACUCCACCAGAACAAAUUAUCGUUGCACCCCGAACACCAGCAGUGGAAACACUGGCAGCUCAACUAACAGAAGAUAAUGAAGAUUUUGCCAAUAGGGGCCGCUACCAUCAAUCAGAAGUUGUCAAGGGUGAAAAUUUUGAUGAUUACGAUGAUAGCGAUAGUGAUUAG